UUUUUCUCUAGUGUCGCGAGGAUUAUUGUAUAAAUAUUGUUCAACAGCGUCUUUUUCUCGGUUUUUAUUUCCUUCCUCGUUACUUAGGACUUAUUGAAAUGGCAGGUCUGUUUGGGAAGGCAAUGAAGGAUGCCUCAUUAUCGGUAACGACCACAAGAGAAGGCUCUCGGACGUUCGAUCAAGAUAACCAAGAUUCAAGCUCAAACUCUAAUAGAGGAGGAUAUCGAGGCAGAAGUCAAGGAAGAGGUCAAAAGAGAGGUCGUGGUAGAGGAAACUACUGGAGGCCUAGGGGKAGAGGUGGUAGAGGAAGAGCCAAUCCACAGAAUCCCACACCAAGGUCAUACCUGAUUGAUGAAGAAGAUGAUGAAAGCAUGGGCGAUGAAGAAGACAAUGCCACAUCUUUUUCAAGAUAUACGCCAUAUGGAACAAGACCACCUUCAAGGCGUGGUUUUCAAAAUGACAGAGGGAACAACAGGGGAACUGGUGGUAUUAAACGAUGGCUUGGAAAUCAACCCCAAGGAAAAUCAGACUGGUACAAAGUUGCUAUUGUAAAAGGGAAGCAGCACGACAAAGAUUGGUUACUCAGAAAACUACAAAAUGCUUCAGAAGAAGCCUUUCAACCAGUUGAGUUCCAUUACAAGGGAGACACUGCUAUGUUUUUUGUAGAGGGUAGUAGUGCUGCAGAUGCAUUAAAAAAAGUCAGUCAUCAAAUAACUGUCAAAGAUGGUUCCAAGUUGACCCUCACUGUUAGACAAAGUGAACGGCCAUUUAUGACAAAUCAUAGUGGUAAAGAAGGCAGUGCUUUUAGUGGAACUGAUAGCUCACAAUGGAAUGCAGAAACAGAGCAAGCAUUAAAGGAAUGUUUGAGCAAUCGCUACAAUAUGGAAACAAAGACUAUGGAUUUAUCUGAUCUUUUUCAUGAUGAAGUUUUAAAGGCUAAUAAUGUUCAAGGAAGUUUAUAUAGAGCUCCUGUGGCAAAUGCAAUCUUGAAACUUAUUGGUGAAAAUUGUCCUGAUAUGCAAGGUUUGGAUAUGAGUGAUAAUCGCCUGUACAAUCUUGAAGCAAUGAAAGACUUGCCUACUUAUGCACCCAGUAUACAACAUCUGAAGCUGUCCAACAACCAGAUGAGGAAUAUUGAAGAACUGGAUAAACUCAAAGGACUUACUGGAGUAGUUACCCUUUUUCUGAAUGGGAAUCCAUUCUGUGAUAAAUUUGAAGGCAAAGAAUCAAGCUAUAUAAGUGCGGUUAGAAGCAGGUUUCCAAAAGUCUUAAAUCUGGAUGGUGUAGAGCAUGCUCCUCCCAUUGGGUUUGAUUUGGCUACCACCACUGCUUUACCAAAAGUCCAGGGGAGUUACCUGGUUGAUCCAGAGAUCAAGAAACUUCUUCUCAGUUUUCUAGAGCAAUAUUUCAGGAUCUAUGAUUCAAAUGACAGACAGCCCCUUCUAGAGGCAUAUCAUGAUCAGGCAAUUUUUUCCAUGAGUGUCAACCCAGGAUCAUUUAAUAGAGAAAAAGGACCAAGAGGACCUUCAUUGGGGGAGUACAUGAAAAGCAGCAGAAAUAUGAUCAGAAGAAAGGAGCAAGAUGUUAGAGCAUCUCUAAUUAAACAUAAUCGUCUAUCAGUUGUGGCCAUGUUGAACGAACUACCACCAACUACCCAUGAGCUUUCUUCUUUCGUUGUUGAUGUCAGCUUGGCUAUUCCAACUUGUCUUCAUUUUUCCAUUCGUGGAUUUUUCAUGGAAGGAAACAAGACAAUGAGAUCAUUCACAAGAGUCUUCGUAGCACUUCCUGCAGCUGGUGGAAAGUCGUUGAAAAUAGUCAAUGAUGAAUUACAUGUAAGAGGCCCCGCGUUACCACAAAUUCAGGCAUUUAAGAAACAGCAAGAAUCCAUCACAGCAACUUCAACAUUACAAGUUCCUGCUGCAGUACCAACUAUACCAACAACUUUACCAACCAUAGUAACUGUGCCAACCCUUACACCUUCCACGUCACUAACCACCUUACCUAUCCCGUCUGGACUAACACCAGAGCAACAGCAAAUGAUAUUACAGUUUAGCAGGGAAUCAAGAAUGAAUGCUGAAUGGUCUAAAAAGUGUCUUGCUGACAAUGGUUGGGAUUACCAAAAGUCUGCAGAGUGCUUUACCUCAUUGAAUAAUCAAGGACUAAUUCCUCCUGGUGCUUUUAUCAAGACAUAGCCUGGUAGUAUAAACACACUACAAGCCAGACUCCAUGAGGCAAAGUGAUAAAAAAAAUACAUGCAAGAAUGGUGAACCUAUCUUCAACUCUACGCUUCGUAAACUUAUUCAUCCAAGAAUUAUUUUAGUUGUUUUAAUUAUUUAUUUUAAACCCAGUUGGCCACAUUUUAUGAAAAAAAACCUGAUUAUAUUUGAUUUGGUAUUGAAAGACAAAGAAUUUUAGGAAAGCUAUCUAAAUCUGAUGAAAUAAAAAGGGUUUAAUAAAGCCUGAUAAGUUUAAGAAAAAAAAGAACACAGGUUUGCUUGCCCUUUAAAACCCGCAUUAUCUUCAAGCAUUGUGCUUGGAUGAGAUAGAUUUUGAUUGGUUCUCAGUGAGGGGGGGCCAUCUUGCAGGCAGGAUCAAAUCCUGGCUGCAUAUCGCGGCACUUGGAAUAUAGUUUUGUGCAAGCUUUUCCUAUUCCCUUGAAGAGAAGCGGCAAGAAUGACCUCAGGCCAAAGCCGGAUUAGUCUCUGGUAUAAAGGAUGAGGCGCAAGUGAACACAUUUGGCGUUAUGAGCUACAGUUAUAGUGAAUGAUAAUCGUUAAGAUGGUUUUUGAGACGUUUGUAUGUUAUAUCAUAGUUAAUAUGAUUAUAUAUAUAUAUACAACAAUACUCAAAUAAAUAACUCUGAUCUAUU